AUGAGUGAUGAUACUUCUCUAUUACUCCCUCUCAACCAUUCUCCUUUACUGCAAUGGGGCAUCAUUUCUAUUUGUAUUGCACUGACGGUUAGCAAUUUCAUUCUAUUUUGUUGUUUGAUCUAUGUCGUUGUGAGAUCUCACCGAUCUUCAUCUCAAAUCAUUAUCAAGAAAGAAAGUUUGUGGGACAAGCUCAUGUGUUGCAAAAAUGGAAAACGAAAAAAGUCUCAACGACGACUUAUUACAUCUCAAUCUUCUCAACAUGAAUAUUAUGGAAGAAUGGAUGAAGACGACAGCACGAAUUUAAGGAAAAUUAGCUCAAUUGAGCAGCAGAACGACGGUCAUGAUUUAACCACACUGAGCGUUAUGGGAAAGAAUUACACAGGAAAUCAAAAUAAUGAUCAAAACGUAUUGAUGGAGGAUGGAGACACAUUAACAGUCUCGAAUACUAUUUCAAUUUCACCUCCAGUUUCACGAAGUCGAUCAGGAUCAAAACAUUUGGAAAAGAUUCAACCUGUGGAUCAUCCUGAAAAUUUACUCUACAACGAUUUAUCUAAGGAACUCAAUGAUGCGAUUGUGAAGGUAUCUCCUCAACUUCGCAAUAUGAGCAUCAUGAGUGAGGAGUUGGAAUUAAUUGACCAAAUUGGAGUGGGAAGCAGUGGAAUCGUCUACAAGGCCAAGUACAUGGGUGUACUUGUAGCUGUUAAACAAUGUUUAAUUUGUGACUUGUUGGAAGAUCCUCUUAAAGAGUACAUGAAAGAAACUCAAAUUCUGAGCUCAAUAAGGCAUCCAAAUAUUGUACAGUUUAUUGGGGCAACUAUUAAGCCUCCUUUCUUUUAUAUUGUGACAGAGUAUUGCUCUCGAGGUAGUGUGGACAAGAUUAUCAAGACCAGCUAUUCUAAUUACAAUAACAUUCGUAAUGCCAAUUUAGACACUACAUCUAAAAAGACAUCAUCUGCAAAGACGCCAGCAACUGACUCACAACUGGCGAGACUUUCUGUAGAUGCAAAAACAAAUCAAGCAAGGCCAUCCAUCCUGUUAAACAAUCAUUUUAAAUCUGGACUUAGCCUCAGAAAGAAGAUUAAAUUACUUUUAGACGCAGCCAAUGGCUUGAAUAUGUUAAAGUCUAAAAACAUUAUUCACAGAGAUGUAAAGAUUUCCAACUUUUUAGUUACAAAUGACUGGACGUUGAAAUUAUCGGACUUUGGAACUGCUUUUCAUUGCUUAAUGAAUAAGCAAAAACGUGGCACGAAAGUAGGAACCAUUGAAAUAUGUGCACCAGAGGUUCUAUUGGAUGGUCACUAUUCCUUUAAAUCAGAUGUUUAUAGCUUUGGAAUAUGUGUUUAUGAAUUUAUAUUUGAGAAGGAAAUAUAUCCAAACAUGAACGUGUACGAAAUUACACACAAAGUAAUUCACGAUGAAUUGAGACCUCCCAUUCCAACAUCUCAAGAACUGAGAGAAAUGUUUUUUGGAGACAUUACAAAUAUUGAAUAUGAAAUUGUGAAAGAUGUCAUCUUGAAGCUCAUAGUGAAAUGUUGGUCAAAGCUUGAAAACGAUCGACCGGAAUGGGAUGAAAUUUGUCUUCUCUUAAGAGGUUGUUUAUCCAAACUCUCAAAAUCAUCAACAAGUAAUAGCAGCCCUUCUGAUUUGCCAGAUGAUUUGUAA